AUGAACAAUAACAAACCUGCUACAUAUUUGGGCUACGGACACCGAACUCACCAUACAAAAAUGAGCCCAAGAAAAAACAAACAGAAAAACGUCCAAAAGGAGAAAAAAACAACAAGAAGAAAACUAAAAAGUGGAAUGAGCCGUAAAGAAGGACAGAACGAAGAUAGCAAUGCUGGGUUGAAAAUGUUGAUGGAAGCCGAAGAAGAGGCCAAAAAGGUGAUAGAGAUGGCCAAAGCUGAAAAAGUACAAAAACUCGCUCAAUCGCGUGAGGAAGCCAAAGCGCGCGUCGCAAAGAUGCGCGCAGAGAAAGACGACGAAUUUAAGAAAUAUUUGGAGACACAUAACACUGACCUCGACGCACAAACCCAAUCCCUUCAAGUCGAAACGGCUCAGAAGAUACAACUCAUCGCUUCCGAUUUCGAAAAGAACAAAGAGGAGGCCGCCAAUAUGCUUACUGCAAUAGUCCUCAACGUCCAAUAA